GAGGGAGGGAGGGAGGGAAGAAUCACUCACUCACGCUCGCUCAUCAUUUUUUUGGUUUUUGUGUGGGGCUGCUGCAGUGAUUGCUCUGCUUGGUUGGAGGAUGACGAUGGCGAGAUGCCCUAGUGCGCGAUCCUGGAUUUCAAACCGGAGUUUCGGGGUUCUUCCCUGCGACGGAGUCAUUUGAUGCAUGGGAGCGCGGGUUCGCGGGGCGGGAGGCAAUUGUGCGUGGGAGCGGAAGCGUCGGGGAGUUAGUUCCGUGGCAGCUGGCGUUGAUGCGCGAUGGUCGUGACGGAAUGAGCGUGUGCACAAGGGUACAUCAGACGUGCAUUAACUUUGUCUUUAGACGAAGUAUGUUACUGCAAGAAGGUCUAGUGCGGAUGUGCCAGGGGAUGCAGGCGUAAAACAUGGCCUGUAUCUUACGUCUAAGAAUCGUGUAUUUGACAACACCUUGGUGGAAGUCUUCAUAUUGAGUGAUCGACCUCCCUUGCCAUGAUAUCCGUGUACGCUUUCCUCAUCACUAUUCCUCCUGGAUCCCAAAUUACAACUCCGCGAAGCACAUUCUUCCCUUCAGAAGAGUUGAGACAAGCAUCUCAACAUUGUCGAACUUGGUAUUUUCACAAUGUCCAUCAUAGUCCCACAUUGCAGCUUAUUUGGACAAACCAUCACGUGAUUCAUCGAUGGGGUCAGCUGGCAACGUAUUUAUUUCUGUUCAAAGCAUGUUCGUUGAGAGGCCGCACGGUGCUGGCAAGGUCUUUGAAGCCAGUGGAAUUAAAAUCUGAGGUGCUGGAAGUAGCUAUUUGAAUCUGAAUGAGGACUUAUUCAGUUUAGGGUAAGCUAGUCACGGUUUUGUAACCGAAUGGUAUGUCACCUCCACAUCAUUGCAUUCGAUUGAAGCAUUCAAAUAAAUGGAGGGUGGAGGGGAGGAAGAACAUGCAGUGGGGCACCGCUGGACUCGGUCUGAGACAGUGGUUCUUGCGAAUGCCCUGAAGGCUAGGGAAGAAGAAGCACAUGACGUAGCUUCCAAGAGUGCAGUGGGCACUGCCGGUGACAAGUGGGAGAAUAUCUCCAAGUUUUGUCGUAGCCAUGGUGUUACACGCUCAGGUGCACAGUGCAGUAGCAGGUGGAGUAAAGGUCUCUAUCUUGAUUACAAGAAAGUCCGAGACUGGCAGAAAAAAGAAGACGCGGAGUCGUAUUGGAAGAUGAAGGAGAAGAAAAGGAGGGAGCACAAGUUGCCUGGGGCAUUGGACGAAGAAGUUUUCAAUAUUUUGGUGUCUUUUCUAGACCCCGACCUUAAACAAACAGGAACACCAGAGUCUGAGGUGGAUAGUGAUAGACCUUUUCAUGUCACUUCUUCUGCACCAGCGAUUGAUAAGAGUGCCGCUGUACCCCAGCAAGCAGGUCCAUCUGUUUCUGCUGCUUGUGCGACUCCUUCUCAAAUUUCUGGUGGCUCUUCAGAUGGUGUCGGGUCUAUGUCAGACUUUGCACGACUUCAGGCUCGUGCCACAACUGGAGAAUCUCUGCAGCCUUUGAAAUAUCAAAUCGGAGGAUCGCCUGGUGGUGACCAAAAUCCAGUUAUCUCCGGCCAGAAAAGGAAACGAGCUUCCAUAUCAUCUCAUAUUGGAGCCCCAGCAACAGCUGACGGUAGAGUGCACAGUAUCGACCCACCUAAUCUAGAGUCAAUCAAACCUAUCCAUUUCAAUGUACCGCCACCCUUGGACUCCGUCCGCUUCAAUGAACCAACCGUUGCGGAGCGGAGCAGCACAGCGCAAUGGGAUGGUCCUCCAAAUUUAGCCUCCUUAGAAGCCCGUCUUGGGGCGCAAAGUGAGGCUAUUUGGAACCGGGUGCGAAUGCUUAAUGAGCAGGUAGUGCAAGUUGUGGACAUGAGUAAUCAGCGUCUACUUGGCCAGAUGCAAUCUCUUUUUACUCAAAUUCGGUUGCAGCUUCAGGUGAUUAGUGCUCAAAUGCAAGCAAACGUGCACGAAGCAACGCGGUCGCUUCAAGCUGAGCUUCAGUCGGUUCUGCAAGCGCACACUGAGCAGAUCUGUAGCCAAGUGCAAGCUCACUACUCUUCGAGAGUGCCUCAUCCUCAAGGACAAGCACCGCCGAAGGAUAGGGCUGCGCAGAAUAGUAACUGGGGUGGUGACAGGACGCCGAGACCAACGCCCCCUGACAUUCAAGUAGACUUUUCUCAGCUUCCCGUGCCCGUUCCUGUCCCUGUUUCACUUCUGCAGCCUGUUCAAACCGCCCCGGACAAGGAAAAGGUUUUUCGACAACGGACAGGAGAGCUGAGCAGUCCAGCUCCGAGAACCAACCGGCUCCUUCCUCACAUUUCCGAUGUACAGAAAGCGGAGUCGCUGGUUGCUAGUAAGACGUCACGGCUCCCACCGCACAUAAGCGAUGUAGAUAGAAUAUUGAGGCAGCAGCAGGGACUGCCAUUGCCCUCACCGAUGCCCAACUGGAAUCAAGCCUCCUUUGUGAUCAGCGAGCUCGAUCGCGUGCUGGGCCACAAACCGGGUUCUUUAGAUAUGCAUAUGAUUCCACCAGCCCCUGGGCAGUCGAGAUGCACAUAUGCGGUAAAUGAAACGGACAGGAAUUUGGGGCAGCGACAAAGCGCCGAUGUGAAGAUGGAGAAGGCGCCGCCGAGUUCUUUUUCAAUGGCGUUGAGCAUGUCUUCUCAAGGGCCGCCUCUCUGGUCCCAGGGUCCAAUCCAUAGCGAUGUCUUAGCCCUGCCUAGUGUCUCUGAAAACCCGAAUCAAAGUAUAGAAACAUCAAGUGGCCAAGACGUGGAGCCCAACAGCAGGCACCACCCGGCAAGCAGCGAUACAGUUGACGGAGACGAAACUGAAGGCUCUGGUCAAGAUGUGGGCGCUUCGUCUGAGAAAAUGGGAGGGCACCACACACGCGGGGGCGCUCGAGGAAGAACACAGCCGAACCGACUUCGGCUGUGAAGCCCAUUCACGCUUCGGUCAAGAUUUUGCGGAGCAGAUACCAUGUUUCUACCACGCCCCUUAAUACCUUUUUGUUACCGAAGUAAGGUGUUGUCUUCAACCUUCGGAAACUUUUGUACACCAAAAUUCUGGUUACUUUUUUCUCUCUUCCUCUCCCUCUCUCUCGUACUCUCAUCUGCUGGAGGUUUCUGAUAGCUGACAAAUCCACCUGGACUUGAAGUGACACUUUUAUUCGAUAAAUUUUGCCUCUACAUAACCCUUAAACACAGCUGUAAAACGGUACACUCACGACCAUUGGUCGCUAUACAUUACAGAAGUACAAUUUUGUAAAAGCAAGCAAGUUUUUCCACAUUCA